CCGCGGCGCCGGCGUCUCAGCGCGGGGCCAUGAGGCACCUGCCGUACUUCUGCCGCGGGGAGGUGGUGAAGGGCUUCGGCAGGGGCUCCAAGGAGCUGGGCAUCCCCACCGCUAACUUUUCUGAGCAAGUAGUUGAAAGCUUUCCAUCUGAUAUCCCCACUGGUAUAUACUAUGGAUGGGCCUGUGUUGGAAAUGGAGAUGUGCAUAAAAUGGUUUUGAGCAUAGGAUGGAAUCCCUUCUAUAAGAAUAUUAAGAAAUCAGUGGAAACACACAUUAUCCACACCUUCAAAGAAGAUUUCUAUGGAGAAAUUCUUAGUAUAGUUAUAACUGGAUACAUUCGACCGGAAAAAAACUUUGAUUCCUUAGAUGCACUCAUUUCGGCAAUUCAGGAAGACAUUGAAGAAGCAAAAAGACAGCUGGAUCUACCAGAACAUCUUAAACUCAAAGAAGAUAACUUUUUUCAUCUGCCAGAAGGCAAAAUAGUAAACAACUGCUGAGAAAACCCAUACAGCUUUUUUUUUUUUUUUAUUUUCUCCCCUGUCAUGGAGCUUUUGUAUUUGCACUGCUCUCAUAGAUACUUUUGUGUCAUGUGUCUGUUAGGUGACUGAGAUCAGAACCAACCAUACAAGAUGAUUUCAGUUUUCUUUGGUUAAGUCAUCAUUAGGCCGGUCAUACACAAGAAGUAGAAGAUUGUUAUAGAUAGAUUAGAUACUAUAGAUUGUUAUGGAUAAACUAUGUAUCCUAAAGUUACCAGGUCUUUAGAGAUCUGAGUACAUUCAGAACAUGACCAAAGGUAACCCUAAGGUGUGGUUAGCUCAUUUAAUGAAGAAAGUCUGUUUUUAAGAUAAUGUUCUUCCAGCUUCUUUUCCCUUUUUUUUUUUUUGGUGUCAGUUUUAGAUCUGGAUUUUAGCUUAGAAAUUGUAGGUAUUGACUGACUCAGAAAAUGCCUGUGGUUAGAUAUAAUUGGAUAACAAUAGCAAGAUUAAUUCUCUAUAGUUCUUGUUUUUUAUGUGCCACACAGCUGUUGUGAUUGAAGCUGUUACUUUAAUUGAAAUUAUUUAUUUUAUUUGAAAUGGAAGAAAUGGCUGUUGCUCAUUGUAUUGCUAGAAUCUGAGCUAUGCUUCUUCACACUUGACUGAACAUAUGAUAACACAUGAUUUGUGUAGUUUAAUUCUGAAGCAUUUCACUUCAUUUCAAAACAUGAAUAAAAGUGGCAAAGCUGAUAAACUUUAAGGUUCAGGUGCAAAAGGCACAGAAACAAUAUAACAAGGCUUGUACUCAUUGCACCUUAAAGGAAAAUAGGUAGUGAGACACAAAUUUGCAGUUUAUGUGCUGCUGGUAUUUUUCAUAGGAAAAUCUUGAGGUUUUUCACUGCACUGGUAAUAAAAUGUCUGACUUCAAGGUCGGCAUUAUUGUAAGGCACAGAAAAAUCUCAUCAACACUCUGCACUAAGUGCAGGUAAGAGCCAAGGUUUUGGCAGACCAAGUAGAUGAAUACACAAAUGAAAGCCCUUGGGGAUUUAUUGCACAAUAUAUCAAUACUAUAGUGAAUAUUGGUUAUUUUUUACAAGUAGCUGCAGACAGUCUUACUCUGAAAUGUGGGGAUACAAGUGAGGGUUGGACUAGAUGAUAUUUGUAGGAACUUAACAGCCCUAACUAUUCUGUAAUAGAUAAAUGGAAUGAGUACUGUGAGAAUUGAUGGUAAUUCAAAGUAUGUAAUGUGUGAUUCAAUAUCUGCUCUUCUUUGGUAAAUUUUUCUGUCCUUUGGUGAAUGGAAGCAGGUUUGCUACGGUGACUGCAACAUCCAUAACUUUUUGACAUCACCGUGUGAUGAAGUUCAAAGUACUUCUUUAAAUAUGUCUCAGAUAUGAUUCUCUGUCUGAACUAUGAUGUUCAAUAUGGAAUGCACUAUUUCUGUAGUGAAAUUUGAUUAAUUUACUCCUUGUCCUAUCCUAUUUUAAUCCUACUUUUCACUCUAGAAUUUAAGAGAGUUUUAGCAAGUUUUAGCUCUUUGGGUCUUUGUGGCAGAUGCUGUCAAGAUGGUCGUUUCACUUCAUAUUGCUUUAAAUUCUAGCCAGUAUCAUGGGCUAUUAUUAAGGAAGAGAUCUUGAAGAAAUAGGAGAAAACUUGAUUUUGCUUAAAUGAAUUGUUCACCAGUGCUGUUGAUGGCAGAUGCAGAUACAUAUAUUUGGGAGAGAAGGACAUGGGACAAUAUACUUUUUUUUAAAGGAGAAGAGAGAUAAUUCAGUGGGCUUUUUACUAUAUCACAUGUUGGAAACUGUUUCUAAAAGGUCUAUGAAGGAAUUUUCUUGGAAGAUUGAUGAUUGGAAUUUUUAAAAGCGGGAGUGAAAGGAGAAUUUUUUUUUGAUAGGAAUUUAUGCAUUCUUCAGAUUGUAAUAACGUUAAAAUAAUGUAUUUUGCUACUCCUUUUAGAGAAACAAACAGAAGCCACACUAGUCAACAGAGUAUUUUGUCAAUGAUAGAUUGUUGUUCAUCAUGGUACUGUAGCUAAACACUCAUAGCUGCCUUUAAAAUUGACUUUUGCCAGUAAUGUCUUGGAUCUGUUGUGGAAACUAUGGUGCCUUAAGCUGGUUCUGAAUAAUACUUUUCUGUAUCUGCUAAUAAAUGCCACUAUCAAAAAUUCGGUUCACCAUUUGGUUGUAGAACUGCUGUGACAGAGAGCAGUAGCUAAGGGAAAACUUGAAAGACUUGGUUUGCUCUCAAGUCCUAGCGAUAUAUGGAUACACUGAACUAAGAAACUGCUGUUUAUGUGUUUGUCUUUAAAGAGAGCGUGUUUGUACAUCCAUUUGGCUGAGUGUACCUGACCAUAUUAUUGAAGAUAAAAUGUUAUACAUCACUCUUUAAGCUCAAUACAUCAUUCAUAGCACAGUAUAAACUCUAUGAAGGGUUAUAUUUUUGUAUUAUGUACAAGUAGCUGUAUUUUGGUUGAUGUUGUUGCACUGUACCAUUACUAAAGGAACUUUAAUUGAUAAAGUUGUCCUUGUCUU